AUGCACCUGCAUCGAUUUUUGGCAUUUAAACAAUUUUCUGAUGGUCAACAAGAAUUAGUAGCAACUGGUUCUCUUCUUUCAGUUAAUCAUGAUCGUCUUAUAUUGAAAAGACUAGUAUUAAGUGGACAUCCAUUUAAAAUUCAUAAAAGAUCAUCUGUUAUUCGAUAUAUGUUUUUUAAUUCUGACGAUGUUAAUUGGUUUAAACCAAUUGAAUUACAUACACAAGAUGGGGUCCCCGAGGACAUAUUAAAGAAUUACUUUGUUUUGUUAUUUAUUGUUAUUGAUUAA